GGUUGGACUCGCGGGCACAGCAGCCUCAUCCACACCCAACUGGAACCCUCGCGGUUGGCGUCACGCAACCGCCGUCUCCUCGCCGGCACGCUCCGCCGCCCCUACCCUCGCCGGCUCGACCACCGCCUGCACGCACAGAAAGAACAAAAACGGAGAAGAAAAGGAUCGGCAUACCGCAAAGCCCUUCACUCGCAGCCCCCCGCCCGUCCCCCCGCUCGCCCGCGCGCCGCUUCUCCCCCACUUCGCCAAAUCCUCGGCCUCCGCCUCCUCUUCGGAUCCAUGGCGUCCCUGCCAAGCAACCGGAAUCGCUCCGCGCGUUCUUGAUCUCAGCCCUUCCUCAAUUUCUCUCCCGCGGUAUCUCAGUUCGUCACCAACAAAAGAUGGUAGGCGGCGGCAACGAGUUCCGGUUCUUCCUUUCCUGCGACAUCAGCCUCCCGCUCGCCUUCCGCGUCCUCCACGCAGAACAUAUCUUGCUGACCGAGAAAAAAGCCCCGGAGCUCUUUGUUGAGUGCAAGCUAUACAUUGAUGGAAUACCAUUUGGGUUGCCCGUAAAGACAAGGUUGGAACCUUCAGGACCAACGUACUGUUGGAAUGAGCUGAUAACACUAAGUACCAAAUACAGGGACCUAACUUCCCUCACACAGCUUGCAUUUACGGUGUGGGAUGUCUCAUCUGGUGAGGACGCUGAGAUUGUUGGUGUAGCCACUAUAUUUCUUUUCAACAGCAAAAGGCAGCUUAAAACAGGAAGGCAGAAGCUGCGGCUAUGGCCCAAAAAGGAGGCAGAUGGAAGAGUCCUCACCACAACCCCUGGCAAGGUUCCUAAGAAUGAUAGGGGCGAGAUAGAGCGUUUGGAGAGGCUUGUUAACAAGUACGAGAGAGGGCAGAUGCAGCAUGUAGAUUGGCUGGAUCGUCUUGCCUUCAGUGCUAUGGAGAAAGCUAAGGAGAAAGAGUGUGAGAGGAAGGCAAAUUUGUAUCCUAGCCUGGUUAUUGAAUUGUGCAGUUUCGAACACAGAGUUGUCUUCCAGGAAUCUGGAACAAAUUUUUAUGCACCGGCCCCUGUAUCGUUAUCAAACGAGCUAGUUACUGUAUGGGACCCUGAACUUGGACGAACCAAUCCAUCUGAGCACAAGCAGUUAAAGCUUUCCAGGAGCUUGACUCGUGGAAUAGUUGAUAAAGAUCUAAAACCAAGCUCAAAUGAGCGAAAGUUACUACAAACAAUUAUCAAGUUUCCUCCUACACGCACUUUAGAGGUGGAUGAGAAGCAAUUGGUGUGGAAAUUUCGUUUCUCUUUGAUGUCUGAGAAGAAAGCUCUUACAAAAUUCGUCCGCUCAGUGGAUUGGAGUGAUAACCAAGAAUCUAAGCAAGCUGUUGAGUUGAUUGGAAAGUGGGAAACAAUCGAUGUGGCUGAUGCCCUAGAGCUUCUCUCACUGGAUUUUGAAAGUGACGAAGUCCGUGGUUAUGCUGUCAACGUGCUUGAAAGGGCUGAUGAUGAAGAACUACAGUGCUAUUUACUCCAGUUAGUGCAAGCUCUUCGAUUUGAAAGAUCAGACAAGUCCCGUCUGGCACUCUUUCUUGUAAAUCGCGCUUUGUCAAACAUUGAAAUUGCUAGCUUCCUUCGCUGGUAUAUACUAGUUGAGCUUCAUGGUCCUGCAUAUGCAAGGCGAUAUUACAGUAUAUAUGACAUGCUUGAAAAUAGUAUGAUGAAAUUGGUUGGUAGAGAGGAUGGGGAGGAAGAUGGGUUUCGGCUGUGGCAGAGUUUAACUCGGCAGACAGACCUCACUGCUCAAUUAUGUUCUAUUAUGAAGGAUGUGAGAAAUGUACGUGGUAGUGCACAAAAGAAAAUUGAUAAAUUAAGGCAGUUGUUAUCAGGAGUUUUCAGUGAGCUUACAAACUUUGAUGAGCCAAUUCGUUCACCGUUAGCACCAACUGUUCUUCUUACAGGGGUUGUGCCUCAAGAAUCAUCUAUAUUUAAAAGUGCCUUAAAUCCUUUGCGCCUUACAUUUAAGACAGCAAAUGGGGGAACAUACAAUAUAAUGUACAAAAAGGGAGAUGACCUCCGGCAAGAUCAGUUGGUCAUUCAAACAGUUUCUUUGAUGGACCGGUUGCUCAAAUUAGAAAAUCUGGACUUGCAGCUUACUCCAUACCGAGUUCUUGCAACUGGACAAGAUGAAGGGAUGUUUGAAUUUAUUCCUUCCAGUUCUCUCGCACAGAUUCUAUCAGAACAUCGCAGUAUUACAAGUUACCUACAGAAGUUCCAUCCUGAUGAGGAUGGUCCUUUUGGUAUAACAGCCCAAUGCUUGGAAACUUUCAUAAAAAGUUGCGCUGGUUACUCUGUCAUUACAUAUAUAUUAGGGGUUGGAGACAGGCAUCUUGAUAAUCUUCUUCUAACAGAUGAUGGGCGCCUUUUCCAUGUUGACUUUGCUUUUAUUCUUGGUCGAGAUCCGAAGCCAUUUCCACCACCAAUGAAACUUUGUAAAGAAAUGGUUGAGGCCAUGGGUGGCGCAGAAAGCCAAUACUACACGAGAUUCAAGUCUUAUUGUUGCGAAGCAUACAACAUUUUAAGAAAGUCCAGUAGCCUCAUAUUGAAUCUCUUCAAGUUGAUGGAAAGAUCAGGCAUUCCAGAUAUCUCCUCUGACGAAAGUGGAGGUCUCAAGCUUCAGGAGAAAUUCCGUCUGGAUCUGGAUGAUGAGGAUGCUAUACAUUUCUUCCAGGAUCUUAUCAACGAGAGUGUCAGCGCUCUGUUUCCUCAAAUGGUUGAGACCAUCCAUAGAUGGGCUCAAUAUUGGCGAUAAGCUGAUGGUGCAGAACAGGAGGGAAAAUCUGUACAUGCUGACUAUUAUUAGCUAAUAACAAUGAUUGUAGAUUGUAAAUCUUAAACCAUGGUAAUUGGUGAGAGCGAACACUGAUGAGAGCCUGUCAUUUGGGGUUCAAGCCGUGGCACGCGUUGCUGUCAGUGCAGAAGGGUUAGAGAACAGGAGCGGUAAUCAUUCCCUGUGCAUGUGUUCACCGGGAGUUUCAUGCUCGUCACCCGUGAUGGGUAGUUCUUUGCCCAUUACUGUACCCGUGGGCAUUCCUCAAAUGUAUCAUGUAUAUAUAAACUUUGAAGCAGGGACUAAAAUUUCACCGAAAUUUUGGCAAAAUUUCGCGAAUUUUGGUGGUGAACAAAAUGUUUUUUCCGGAAUUUUCUUUCACUGGCAUGUGAGACCCACGGAGCAGAGGGCGAAAAAUGACCGACAUUUCGGCAAAAUUUCGUGAAUUUUGGUCUCUUCGCCGAUGAACGAAAAAAAUUGUAAAACGACAUUGAAAUCCCUCUGCUUUGAAGUGCAAGUUUGUGAAUAUUGAAUGAUCUUAUGUAGUUGUGGGUUAUGAGAAGACUUGUAAGGUUGAAGUCCACCUCAUAGGCUUGGUAAAUGGUAAGGUUGAAAUUUGAAAACUAGGAAUGACACGCAGUCCUGUGGUGGACGCCGUCCUGCUCACGGAAUGAUGAGGCCGCACUCUCCCUCGUGCGGGGCUUGCAGGUGUGAGGACGGCGGCCUCCGGGGCUUCGCCGCCGCCAGGCAGGUUUGCGUUGCAUCCUCUUGGCCUGGGUUCUUCAACUUAUCGACGCGUGCCUGUAUCUUACUUUGUAGUGCCAGUUCGUGCGAUUAGCAACAAUGACUUGCUUCAUCUGGUGCGUUCCUAUGUGAAUCAGAGCAUUUUCAUGCCAUUAAGCUGAUUUAUUGAGCGAUUCCUCAAAAAGAGAAAAAGUGGAUGAGCUUAAGCUAAAUGGGAUUGCUACUAAAAUCGCUCGAAUGUGAUUAAGCUAAUGGCAUUUUUAUGUCUCUUUUUUUACUAAAAUCUGUACUAGGUACCUCAAAGACUUUAUAAACUGGAUGAGCUUAAGCUAAAUGGGGUUGAUACUUCUGCUUUUCUAUCUCCCGUGGACCUGAAUUUGGGAUCCAUCGACAUAAAUCUCCAAAUUGCUGCAGUUUUUGGAGGGCUUUCUAUAUCAGCUGCAUUGGAGCUUUCUCAACUCCAAAUCCUGUUUCUCGUAUUAGGUCUACUGUCUCUGUGGUCUGUGGAUUUUGCAACCUCUUU